AUGAGGGGUAAGGUACUAAGGCCCAGGGGCAAGGCCAAACGUUAUGUUGUCGUGUGUGACUCUGACGACGACGACGAACGUCAGGACAUAUCUAUCCCACAAUCUCAGACUGUCCACAUCUCUGACAGUGGACAUCGCAUUAUUCAAACCCCUCUUUCUCCACAAAAAGCUACAUCUGCCGCUCGUCGCAGUCCAUCCCCUCAGUAUGAGUGGAAUCCAAGUACCAAAUACGACAACGUAGAAGAGACGACUCUUGAUUUGGGAGGGGGAACUGUAGCCGAGAAGGUCGCGGCUAAACGGUAUCCAACCUCGGACGCCCCUCUGUGUGAGUGGGCCAGAGCUACACCCCAAGACCCUGGUUAUCGAGAAGAGUAUUUGUUGGAAAUGUUGAGGCUAGAGGGACGGGGAGACAGGUUGACGGAUGACUGUAUGUCUUGCUGCACAGGGGGGGGCAUCUACCGUUGCGAUGAUUGUAUGGGCCAUUUGAGAGAGUGCCUUGAUUGCUGCUUGAAGCGUCAUGAGCACCUCCCCUUGCAUAUCAUCCAGAAGUGGAACGGUAUUUUUUUUGAGAAGAUCUCGCUCAGAUCGAUGGGGCUGCGAGUUCAGCUUGGACACAUCAAUUCGACUUGCUUGCUACCCCAGCCUGGCCACAAGGACUUCACAGUCCUCCAUACCAAUGGCCUCCACUACCUCCUCCGCGCGGAAUGGUUUCCCGCGACAAUCCAUCAACCACAGACGUGCGCAACAUUUCGGCUUCUGGAACUCUUCCACGUCAUUACGCUGUCAGGAAAACUCUCCGGUCACGAAUUCUACAGGGCCCUCGAGUUCCUCACUGAUAACACUGAGCUCGAGAUUCCUAAGACUCGAUAUAAGUCCCUCAUGCGCAUGAUUCGUGAGUUUCGCCACCUGAAGCUCAUGAAGCGCCAUGGGCGAGGGAACUUCAAGCACGGCAUCACUAGUACAGCUCGCGGGGAUCUGGCUACCCUUUGUCCAGCAUGCCCGAUACCCGGAGUCAACCUUCCGGAAAAGUGGGAAGAUGUUGGAAUAGAAUGGAAGUUUCUUUACGUGCUCAUAAUUGCCAUGGACGCGAAUUUUCGCUUGAAGAAUCUGAUGUGCUCGAGCCUCAAGAAGGACCCUGGAUUACAUACAGGGUUUGCGUACUUCCCUGAAGACACGCCGUACCAAAAACAUAUUUUAAAGUAUGCCACCCAAAAGGAUAUUAGCACCUGCAGUGGCUUCAAGAUGUCGGCAAAUGCAGAGACACAAUUCUCGGCCGGUUUACGCUCAACCGGCGUAGGAAUGUGCCUCUGCGCUAGACAUGAAAUCAUUCGCCCUGGGGGCGUGGGAGACCUUCAGAAAGGUGAACGGUACUGCAAUAUGGAUUUCGUGUUACUAUCUGCCCUCGCUCCGCUCCUCGUCGCUUCGGUUUUCAUCUCCUACGACAUCGCUUGCCAAUUCAAGCUUGGCUUCGAAACACGAAUGCCCAAGUUACCGAAGGGUUUACAUAUUCCGCCGGACGUACAGCUCGACUGGGGCAUCCCUAAGUGUCACUGCCCCAUGCAUAAGGUGCCUUGCCAGGCGCCCCAUUCGCUAAAUUUCAAGCCUGGUGUGGGCCGCACUGACGGUGAGGGAAUUGAACGGAGCUGGGCCGAGAUGAACCGUGUCGUUAGUGUUUAA